GUUGCAUCUUGUAAAUCCCUCGACUGCUUCGGAGUUGCGGCAUUAUGGAGCUUGAGAGAAGGGUCGGCGGUUCCCGUGCAUCUCAGCAAUGGCUAGCGUCUUUGAGCACGGUGUCGCCUCCGUUGCCCGAUGGUUUGCGACAGGAGAACAUAUCGACGCUGCAUGCGCCCCCUGAUCAUAUAGCUCCGAGCGGGAACAUCUCCCUUCGUCCAAAUCCCAAGCAAAAUGAAUUGCCCGAAUCCGAUCCGUCCAUGUCCGAGGCCGCAUUAGGGACGCACAAGUGGAAAGUGGCGGCGUACACAAGUGCAUUGCAGCGAAAGCUACCGUUGGUCGAUCGUUGCAGCUUCAUCCAGCACGGGCUGUGCCACGUCUGUACGGCGACGGCGACAACCAACACGACCCCAUCGCUCGUGUUGAACAUUUGCCCGUACUUUGAUUUUGGCCAUUCGAUUUGCGUCGUCCAUUUUGAACGGCUUACGCGAACGCUGGUCUCGACGAUGCUCGAAGAAGGCAGCGCCCACUCGGUCGCGCCAUGUCCGAUCUGCCUCCAUGCAUGCUCGUGCGUCGUGUGUACGAAAGUGGUGGCCAAGCAGAUUGAGCAGUACGACUCGUACGUCAAUGCGGCGUCCUCCUCUCUGGCAGACAAACCAGGACGGCCCCAUCAAGAAAGGUCGAUAUCGGCGCCAUCGUCGCUCCAGUCGUUGCUGUCACCACACACGGAAACUACCCUGUCGUCCGUGCGAGUCAAGAACACAACCAGCUCCCCCGUGUCGACGGCUGCAACCAUAAAUGCCGACUCAUGGCGAACCCAGCACCACAACUCCAACCGACAAGACACGUCCGAAGCAUCCCCCGUCCCUGCAGCGAAGACCUCAGCCAUUGACGAAAAUCACGAAGUGGGCGAGCCUAAAUCGUCGGCGAAACGUAUGCCGCACAAACCUACCGUGGCAAGAAAGCAAACGGGUCUGCCUUCAUCACCCCGAUCGCUCCAUCCUUGUGACGACGCCUGCCCGGACACCAAGUCGGCCGCAAGUCGGAACCACUGGACGACCAUGGGCGACCCGAUGUUCGAAGCGGAUAGCAAGGAGCCCUCCCGGAUCGACCACGACAGGACAGCGCAGCAGCAUUCCACGGCGAUGAAUCGCAUGGACACAGCAAAGUCCAUGCUGGGUCAUUCUCGUUCGCAUCACUACCAUCGAGUCGUCCAAGCCGUCGACGAAGCAAAAUCAACCGAGGAGACCGUCCAGAGCGCGAAGUCGCCAAAACGCAUGGACCCGGCAAUCGCGGAAGCCAAGCCUGCCGUUGUUCCUGUCCAGUCGUUCAAACAAGCAUCCAAUCGACAAACCGAAGCGAAAACAGCGAAUGAGUUGCCAACGGCGAUGCCGAAAGCGACAACUUCUCCCGAGAUUGCUGCUCUGAGUGCCUCCCAUCAUCCCGUUUUCACUGCGACACAAGGAGCGGAGCACGUGCUAUCGAGUGGACAGUUUCCAUCUCACGUCGUGCGUUUUCGUUCGAUUAUGCCAAAGCAAGCUGCCAAAGCCGUGAUGGACGAUGCUGCACCAGGUCCGCCCAAACUUGACGGCACUUCCCAUCAGCCAGCCACGAGUUUUGUGGUGGUAUCGAACUUCACGACGUCCAAUGCCCAGUCUGGCAACGAAAGACCAUUUACGCUAUUGCAACCAACAAAUAGUGCGAAAACCGAUGCGGCGGACAUGACAAACGUAAUGGCUGAAGCGGCUUCGAACGACGCAUCUCGUGCCACCGACUCCGAGAAAGCCGUCCCGAAACAAGCGGCGACACAACAAAUCACUGACGCUCGGGGCAUCGUGGUCUCGUCGACGGAGGUUGGACAACUAAACGAAACAAGUUUGUUGCAGGAAAGGAAAUCGGCAGCAAAAUCGACGACUCGACCGCCCGACGCCAAUGUUUCAAAGCACGAACCAGACGCAAAGCAGCCGGACGGAUUGACGACACCAUGGGCAACAAAAAGGACUACAUUGCUGCCAACCAACAAGACAACCCUUACUGAAAGGGUUCCAGAGCCAACGACAAAUGCCGUGGCUUCCACAAAUGCCUCCAGCUCGACGGCAGCGUCCACAAACGGCACAGUGCGUGAAAAACCUGUGAAGGACUCUGCCACUACACUUCAAGACGGUGCGACCGUGAGCACAGUGGAGAUAGGACCGUCGAGCGCCGUGCCUCAUGGCGAAUUCAGAACCGAUUCAUCGUCGGGAAAAAACAAUGAAUCAGUUGGCGCAGCCGUGAAAGCGUCCAAGACGGCUGCAGGAGGCGCGUCGACCUCCUCGGCAAAACGACCGAAACAAAGCGGCCAUGCGGCGCCGGCAGUCCAGAAUUUAACCACCACGUCCGCAAAGGGCGACAUCCCGCGCGGAAGAAUGAUAUACAAGCGCCGUAGCACGAAACCAUCGACGCACGGCAUCGCCGAGGACAGCUCUGCAAGUGCCAACAGCGAGGGCAAUUUCAAUUUGAUCCAUGCACCGAUGCUUGACGCAAAGUCGUCGGGCGAUACCAAGGACGCGGUGCCUUUGACAGGGCGAGGCAGCAAAAACGUGAAUGCGCUCAACGAGCUUGCGACGGACGAGGCAUGCACUGCCCAGCCCGUGCUCAAGCGUCUCAAGCGAGGGGACGCGAUCCCUUCUUCGACACGUUCCGAGCCUGCACAACUGCACCAUGCGAAAACGCAUGGCAACCAUUUUCACGUGGCAACCGUUGCCGAGAGCAACAUUCGCGAACGGAAACCGCGCGCUGCCGCGCCUCUUCCUGGCGCCUUGAUCAAUCAACACAAAAACGACGACUUCUUCGUUCUUCCACAUGCCAAGGCGGCGCCGUCGAAACCAGCCAAAACCAGCAGUGCAGCACUCUCUGCUGCGUGUUCGAACGACCACGUUUCAAUGUCCGCACUGCCUGUUGAAGAGUCCAAGGACAAGCCGUCCAGCUCCGCCAAGCGACCCCUUGGCGCGACGAGCAAGGACAGCACCGACUCGGAGACGUCCAAGCGCGUGGUUCGCCGACGAGGACAGUCGGCUGCGUCCGUCCAAGAUGAAGACGUUGACGAUGACGAACGCACGGCUGCAGACGCAACGGCGCCCAAAACUCCAUCAGCAGCGUCAACCCGUGCCAAAACCAAGAAGAAGGCACGUAUACCACUGAGUAAUUUCGACAAACGCGCAAAGAAGGCCACGUCGAAUUGUGCCGGGGACGUCGAAGCGACCAUGGAGCGUCUUGACGCCGUUGUCGAUGAAGUCGACAUGAAUUUGGACUAUUGCAGCGUGUGCAAGGUCGACGGAGACUUGGUGUGCUGCGACGUGUGCCCUCGAUCGUUCCACUUGUCGUGCUUGAACAAGCGCGAAGACGAACUCCCCGACAACUGGCAGUGCCACGAGUGCCUGGGCAACGUCGACGAGUUGUACGUGAAGAAGGUGUGCCAAGACCUGUCGAAGCAACGAAACAAGUCGUCAGUGAUGCGAAGCCUUCUCGCCGGGAUCGCCGACCAUCCAUUUGCCAAACCGUUUUUGAACCCGGUGGAGGACGUCGAGUACUAUGACGACGUGGUCAAACGACGCAUGGACCUGACCACGAUUGCAACCCGUCUCCGGCGCAAUGAGUACGCUGUCGAGAAAGACGGUGGCAACGUGUCGCCCGCCUUUGUCAGCGACGUCCAGCUCGUGUGGGAUAAUUGCCGCCUCUUCAACGACGAAUUGUCGGGUCUUGCAAGAGCGGCCACGACCCUCGACGCCGCUUUCAAGUCGAUGGUGGCUGCCGCGUCGCUCCCAUCUCGUCGCGGACACUAGUAGAAAAUAUGGACGCAUCGUCAACACGAGAUGCAUGAUGUGCUGCUGAUCAACAGCCUUCCACUGUGCCUUG